UACAGAUCAUUAUCUAGAAUGCACUGUGAUCUGAUCUGUUUAUUUUUCAUACUAAAUAUAAAGUUUGUUUUUUCCUCGAAUAAUUCAAAGUUACUUGUAUAUCAAGAUGAGAAUGGAAUCCUUAAGAGAGCCAAAUGCUGGGGUUAUGAAAGCAACUGUACAUUAGAAGAAAGAUAUGGGAUUCCUACAACAGAUUGUUUGAAUGAGAAGUUUAAACAGGACUUCUGGAAAAUGGUGGACUUUGGCUACGUAGAAGAACGAAGAAAGGAAUUUAAGGAAUUGUUGAUUUGUCAACCACACGAGGACCAAGCAUCCUCACUACAGUGCUCAAAGUACACCCGGUACUGUGUAGCAAGGAAUCUUUAUGUUGAUUUCACAAACCUCAUGCAAGCAAACAACCGAGAUAAAUUCCGAGAGAAUAUUUUUAAACCGGGUCAGAUCGGUGGAGAUUGCGAAGUGAAUGAGAAGAUGUUGGAAGACCAGAACGAGCAUAAGAGCGCUCUUCAAUCUUGGUAUGCUGAGCUUGAAACUUUCACGAAGGUUGAUUAUUCACAUGAUCGUUGUGAUAUCGUGAUUAAUCAUCCCGUGAUAUUCAUGAAGAUGGACUUUGGGGGAAACAUGUUCCAUCAUUUUUGUGAUUUCUUUAAUUUAUUUGUCUCUCUACAUGUGAAUGGGUCAAGUUUUAAUAAAGAUGUUCAGAUUGUGAUGUGGGACACAGCAUCUUCAAAUUAUUACGAUCCAUUCUCAUCUUCAUGGAAAGCGUUCACAUCAAGGCCUGUCACACCAUUGGUGGAUUGGGACAAGAAGAAAGUUUGUUUUAGGGAAGCUUAUUUCUCCCUGUUGCCAAGAAUGAGGGGAGGGUUAUACUACAACACAUAUGUGCCUCAGAAUUGUGUUGGUUCCAACUUGUUUCGCUCGUUCUCUAAAUUUUUUCUUCAACAAAUGAAAGUUCGACAACUGGGUCCUGUGUUCGUUCAAGGGCGAAACCCCAAACCCAAGUUAAGGGUGACCCUGCUCCAAAGGGGAACCCCCGACAAUGAUAGGGUUUACAGAAAGAUAAAAAAUCAGAGGGAAUUGGAAAAAGUUUUCGGAGAAUUUGAAGAUUUAGAGUUGACGGUGGUUGAAUACGAUUGGAGAAAAAUGUCGUUUAAAGAUCAAUUGUUGAUGACACACAACAGCGAUAUAAUGAUUGGAAUGCAUGGAGCUGGUUUAACUCACUUUUUGUUCUUACCACCGUGGGCUGUUGCUUUUGAACUAUACAAUUGUGGUGAUAAGAAUUGCUAUUAUGACCUUGCAAGGUUAGGUGGGAUAAAGUACAUGACGUGGUCAGAUGGUGGGAACCCAAAGUUUGAACCCAAGCCAUCAGAAAAGGGUAAACAUCACAAAUAUGGGUCAAACCCUAAGUUUUGGAACUGGGCAUUUAAUCCUAAAAGGUUUAAAGAACUUGUUUCUGAAGCGAGAGAAUAUGUGCUGAGUCAUCCUGUUUAUAAAACAUUAUUCAGCAAAAAUUUUGCUAAAAGAAAAGUGAAGUCGGAACUCUAGAAAAAUAUUGUUUUUAUUUCAAUAUUAAGUGUUAAAAAUAAAAUUCAGCAUUUCAUUGUGUUUAGCACUUAUAUUGCACAAGUAUCAUAGAUUGCUUAACUUAGUUGUAAACAUUGUGGGAAUCAACAUACUGUAUGUAUUUAGGCUAUUAUAAAGUAAUAGUAUUCUUGCGUUUCGUACUUAUCCAUUUCUGUGUUUGUAUUUGUGUUCUAUAUAUAUCUAAUGUAGAUAUAUCAUAUGUAUUUAACCCAGACAUGUCCUGACUUCUUAUAAUUUAAGUUUUUUUUUACAUACCAAUGUACUCGUUAAAAUGCCAAACUGUAAGAAAGUGUAAUCAUGUACUAUUAUUUAUUUAUUACUGUGUGUUUGUGCUGCUAUUAUCCUGAUGUUCUAAGUAUUCUUGAAUAAAUUAUUUACCUUCAU